AUGGCAGACAACAGCGGAACAUACGGCAUCAAGGGCCUCCCAAGACCCAAGGAUGCUGUCACUCGUCACCCUGACGGUGGUAUUCCCUAUGUUGAGAACUUGCCAGUACGCUAUGAGAUCUCAGUCCUGGCCAGUUCCACAGACCCAUUGCUCCGAAAGCAAUGGACUCUUUUCGUUCUUGCGCUUGAAAAGUUCAAGAUGAAGUCUGUGAGCGAAAAGCUCUCCUAUUUUCAAAUUGCAGGUAUUCAUGGAUAUCCCGAAGGCGCUUGGGAUAAUGCCCCACCACCAAAACAAGAUCCCAAGAACCCCAAGAAGGGAGAUCAGCCGUAUGGUGGUUACUGUAACCAUAACGGUCUAAACUUUCCGACUUGGCAUCGCCCGUACAUGGCGCUAUUCGAGCAAUGUGUCUGGGACAACAUGAACGAUGUCAUCAACCACUGGGUAAAAGAACACAAACUUGACGAAGACGAGUCAGAACUCGCUCUAUGGAAUGAAGCCAAAGACACCUGGCGCAUGCCAUACUGGGACUGGGCCCGACAGCAGAGCUAUAAUGAAGACUUUGCGUACCCCCAGGUCUUGGUUCAAGGUCCGGUUCGCAUCUUUCCACCCGAACCGUUAAAGAAGUAUUACCCUCCCAGCGGACUCUAUGCCAAUCCAUUCUGGAGUUUUGAGAACCCUGAGAAGGAUGAGGAUGGUAACCCUCGUGCUUUUGGAGAUAUGCCCAAGGGUAAGAGAGAUUACAACAUUGAAGAUGACCCUGUCAAGCACAACCCUGCGCCUCCACGGGAUAAAGAGGAUGUCGCUUGGAUGCCUUGGAGUGAAGCAACUGGAACCAGUAGAUAUGGUAUCUUUAUCAACAAAGGCGCAAAGAAGUUCAUCGGCCUUGAGGGCGUCAACAAUGCCUGGGUAGCUAACAACCAUCUCUCCAACAUGACCUGGUACCCCAUUACGGACAGGCAAAAGGCACAGGCGAAGACCAACAAGGACUUCUAUCUCAAAUGGAACCCUGGUACUCUUGCUGACUCGGUCAACCGCAUGUUCUCACCCAAGUACAACACCACAUGGGGACAGUUUGCCUCGACUAAAUGGACCUAUGAGGGAUAUGGCAAUUCUAUGAAUGGCUUUUUGUCACUUGAGUACAUCCACAACAAUGUUCAUAACAUUGUUGGCGGGUCUGACUUUGCCACUGGCGUUGGGCACAUGAGCGAUGUUCCUGUCGCUGCCUUUGAUCCCAUCUUCUGGCUCCAUCACACUCAAAUCGAUCGUCUCCUCUCUAUCUGGCAGUGCCUCUACCCCAAGCUCUGGUGGGAUCAAAAGGAACCCACCCGACCAGGCGAAGAGAAUGUUCCCGAUGAUACAGAGGAUGAUUAUCUCUACCCAUUCCACGACAAGGACAACGGCGACCCAGUCACCGACGUCUGGACAGCGAGGAAGUGUCGUGAUUGGACUGUCUUCAACUACCAGUAUGAUGAUCUUAUGGACUUGUCUCAGAAGGCCCUCGAUGCCAAGGGAAACCUUGACGAGCCCAAGUUCCAAAAGCUUCUUCAGGCAUAUAUCCACAAGACUUAUCCUUGCACCGAGCACUUGCUUCGGGAUAUCAAGGAUAAUCGACAUGUUCACAUUCCUGCUGGACUUACUCCAGAUGUUCCCAACAUUGAUGACAACUCCUGGAAGGAUUACAUCAUCAACGUGAAGUAUGAUCGUUAUGCCUUGGGUGGACAAUCUUACACUAUCAAGUUCUACCUUGGUGGUCCAACCGAUGAGGCUGUCACUCAUUUCGAGCCACAGAACUUUGUCGGCAGUGUCUAUACCUUUGGUGGUGGCUCUCGCAAGACUCGAGAUUCAUGCGCCAACUGCAAGACUCAAGCUGACGCCGGUGUUCUGUCAUGCGCUCAAGUCCCUCUGACGAUCCAACUUCUUCAUCACACGAUCGACUGUGUGAGAGACCAUCCCAUCACGAAAUUCGAUGACGUUGAGAAGUACCUCGAGCUCCAUCUUCGCUGGAAGUUCUUCGGCUUCGGCGGUUUUGAAGUUGAUGAGGAGGAUCUUGACCCCUUCCACAAGACACAGGUCACUGUGUUGCGAGGAGUGGGACAACCUAACCAUGUUGUUGCCCCCAAGGUCAAGACUUCUGAGUUACAGACAUUCAGCGUUGCGGCUGCUGAUAUCUCAGUGUCUGAGUCGCCUGCUGUUUCCACGAAUGGAACAAACGGUUCAGCUGGAGGGGCGCCAGUCGCUCUUCCUCCUGUUUACAGUGCUCAGCCUUAUGAAGCUUUGCCGGAGAUUACCAACAACAAGUACUUUGGCCUGCAGCAUGAUGGGUCAUACAUGGGCAGUCGUUAA